AUGAUUCUACGACUGUCCACGCUGGCCCUCGGCCUGGUCGCGACUGCUCCUCUUUCGCAUGCGCUAUCCGCCUCCGACAUCUCGGCGGAUACGCCGGUAUCGCAAUUAAUCAAAGAUGCCGGUGUGAAACUGGCCAGCGGAAACGCGCAAGAAGCCCUCACCUACUUCGACGUUGCCAUCCAGCGCGACCCCAAAAACUAUCUCACGUUCUUUCGACGCGGUGCGGCAUAUCUCUCACUCGGGAAGACCGCUCAGGCGCAGAACGACUUCGACAAAGUUCUCGAACUGAAGCCUGGAUUCGAAGGCGCAUUGGUGCAGCGCGCAAAGAUAAGGGCGCGCAAGGCUGAUUGGGCUGCGGCGCGUAAGGACUAUGAAGCUGCAGGGAAAACAGAGGCGAUUGCGGAGCUGGAAGAGGCCCAGGGUGCCGCUAUACUAGCGAAAGAGGCGGCUGAGAAGGGCGACUGGGAGACGUGUGUCAGCCAGUCGGGUACAGCAAUCUUGGUUGCCGGCGCAUCAUACGAUAUCCGAAAGACGAGGGCGCAUUGUCGUUUUCAGAAGGGCGAAGUGGUCGAGGGUAUCAGUGACUUGCAGCACCUUCUUCAAAUCAACACUGGCGACAUUCAGCCGCACCUCCAGAGCUCUGCCAUGGCAUUCUACUCGCUUGGUGAGACUGAGAAGGGCCUGAAGCACAUUGCGCAAUGUCUGCAAUCCGAUCCAGAUUCGAAGGCGUGCAUGAAGCUAAGGAGAAGGGAGAAGAAUCUUGAAAAAGAUUUGAAGAAAGUUCGGUCAGCAUUCCAAAAGCAACAGUGGGCUACAGGAGUGAAAUACCUCGUUGACCGCGGCGAAGAGAAUCCCGGGCUUCUCAAGGAAGUCAAGGAAGACUUUGAAGGCUAUAUCAACGAUGGCUACAUCUUCAAGAACUCUCCUCAAGGUCUCUACAAUGAACUCGUCGAGAUGACGUGCGAGGCAUACACGGAGAUGAACAACUUUAAAAAGGGCGCACAAUACUGCGAAGAGGCUCUUAAGCUCAACCCCAACUCUCUCCACGGUCUCCUCCAUCGAGCACAAAAACAGAUCGACGCCGAUGAAUUUGAAGAAGCCGUGCGCACGCUCGAAGCCGCAAAGGAAAACCACCAAGCUCAAAAAAUCCAAGAUCUCCUUCGUAAGGCACACACCCUCCUCAAGCGCUCUAAGCAGAAAGACUACUACAAAGUCCUCGGUGUUACCCGCGACGCCGACGAGCGGGAUAUCAAAAAGGCCUACCGCAAGCUCUCCAAAGUGAACCACCCUGACAAGGCGUCAGCGCAGGGAAUUACGCCUGAGGAGGCGCAAAAGAAGAUGGCUGCUAUCAACGAGGCGUAUGAGGUUCUUUCUGAUCCGGAGCUCAGGCAGCGGUUUGACAGUGGGGAUGAUCCGAAUAACCCGGAGCAGCAGCAGGGUGGGCACCCCUUCCACGGCUCACCAUUCGGCGGCGGUCAACAAUUCUUCUUCCAGCAGGGCGGUGGUUUCCCUGGUGGUGGUGGUGGCGGCAAUUUCAAAUUCCAGGGCGGUCCGUUCGGCUUCUAA